GUGUACUGUGUAUUUCAGGCGACGCCCGCCGCCCGCCCAGUUCGUGUCUCCGUCGCCCGUUGCCAGUGCUCGCCCGCCCCGGUCCGACACUCGACGUCGGCUCGUCUCCCGUGGAACACAUCCGCUAAUACGAUCAUUAUUUUACCGAAAACGAGCUCGACAUAAACUGCCAAAAUGUUUAAAAGUCAUUUAGAAAUGAUUGGCAGGAAUGAGACGGCGUCAAAGAAGGCCAGGUUCUGGCAAUCUUUCGUGCGCUCUCUAAAAGGAUCGGAAGACAUCAGAGCAGAGGAGAGGUACAGACCAUCCCGCCGCAGCAUAUUCCCUGAGCUGCUCUCGACCUACCCUUACAGCAAGUCCAUUUACGAUGACCCCGUGGGCGCCGCCCAGAGGAUCACAGUCCCUGGCUACCGCUACCUGCCUGUCCACCGCGAGACCUACGGUUACUCGCCACGCCCCAUCUAUACCCACAAUUACCCUCGUUCUAUCGAAGCGUACAGGCCAAUUUACCAUGUGCCAAGGCGCACCAGGCGCGGCGUUGACCCCUUCGACGCCCACAAGGCGUGGCAGGACCAUCUUGACAGAAUGGCAGCUAUCGACCGUCUCUAUCCGUCCCGCUACGGACUCUACUUAAAGGACCGCGCAUACCCCAUCACCGACCUGACCGCUCCCAUCAUCGAUCCCCUCUCGCCCAAGAGUCUUAAAGGCAUCGAAUAUGAACCCGACAAUAAGCCGCACUGGGGAACAGGAUCGUGGCCGUCAAGGAAUUCGGACGUCUUCAAUAAGGAUCCCUUUUUCGCUGACGCCGAAAAAUGGGCCGGAUUUGAUCGUUCACUCCGAGGAAAAUCCCCAACACCGGUGAAGCCAAGAAUUAGCCAACCUCGCGAUUGUGAGAUCGCAUUUGACGCCGACGGUGCGCCGUUGUACACCGCGGGUGGAUUGAGACGAAGGCCGUGGGCUGACAUAUUCAACCCCAGCCCAUCACUACCGAUCUCGGCGAUUACCAGGGAUCCCUUUUGGUACGACUGGCCCGAACUGAGGCCCGUAGCAAGAUGGGACCGCAGCCCUUCAUACAUACGCGAUUCUUACUUGUCACCUGUCAAACGCACCUUCUUGUGGGACAAACACCCGAUCCGGCCUUUAGCUGCUGCUUAUUAAGGGGCCGGCUUACAGUGUCACAGCCAAAGUAAACUCUCAGAACAAUAUCAAUAAUUUUAUUGAUAUAUUACAUUUACGAAUGACUAUAAUAUUAAUAAUGAAUGGACAUCUUUUGUUAAUUCUCUAAGACUGCCAUAACAUAGUCAUUAUUGCUAAGCAAUAUUUAUUAUUCUGUUACAAUGUUGCCCUUUUAAAUAUUUAUUUUUAUGUACAAUGAUAUAAAAAAAAUAAUAAAAUGUUGAAAUCAA